UUUAAUGACGGAGGGAUCGCUGCGACCCCUCACGGUACGCGUCCGGCGGUAGAGCCUCUCCUCCCGGCUGCAGGUGAGGUCAGAUGCUGAGGAAAGGAGCGGACGAGCUCUCCUGACAGGUGGAAAUACUUUAGCCUGAAGCUAAAAUGGAGCAAGCGGACGACAACAAAGCGGCUCUGACCGACAGUCUCAUCAUUUGGAUGCAGACCUUCAACACUCCCGCCCCAUGCAGGACAGUGGAGGAACUGACCACUGGAGCAGGAAUAUCACAGGCUCUGCAUCAAAUAGACCCGGCAUGGUUCACUGAAGGAUGGCUCUGUCGCAUUAAAACAGAUGUGGAAGAAAACUGGAGACUGAAGAUGAACAACCUGAAGAAGAUCCUACAGAUGGUGCUGGAUUAUUAUAAUGAGGUCUUGGCUCAGGAGAUCUCAGACUUUCCUCUCCCGGACCUGGCCCUGGUGGCAGAGCGUUCAGACCAGGUGGAGAUGGGGAGGCUGCUGCAGCUUGUACUGGGCUGUGCCGUCCGGUGUGAGAGGAAACAAGAAUACAUUCAGAUCAUCAUGACGCUGGAGGAAUCUGUGCAGCACGUUGUCAUGACGGCCAUCCAGGAGCUCAUGAGUAAAGAGUCCGUCAGUCCAUUUACAGCAGAACGUUCUGGAGAUUUGGAGCAGCAGCUGAAAAAAGCUCUGGAGGAUCUUUCUGAACUCAUAUUAGAAAAGGAAGCUUUAAAUCAACGCUGCGAGGAGCUUGACAUGCAGGUGGCCGUUCUUCAGGAGGAACGGAACAGCCUUUUGGCUGAGAACGACGUCCUGACGGACCGAGCCAAUCAGCUGGACACGUUUGAUGACCCGAGCACGCCAUCAGGGAGGAAACACAGCCAGCUGCAGCAACAGGUGGAGUCUCUACAGGAGGAGAACUUCAGGCUGGAGGCAGCUAAAGACGACUACCGUAUUCACUGUGAGGAUCUUGAGAAGCAGCUGAUCGAGGUCCAGCACAGAAACGACGAGCUGACCAGCCUCGCUGAAGAAUCUCGAGCUCUGAAAGAUGAACUGGAUGUUCUGAGGAACUGUUCUGACCGCGUGGUGAUACUGGAGGCUUCAGUGGAAACAUACAAGCGUAAACUGGAAAACCUGGGUGACUUAAAGAGGCAGAUGAAGCUGCUGGAGGAGAACAACAUGACCUACAUGCAGAACACUGUUAGUCUGGAGGAGGAACUACGGAAAGCAAACGCGGCCCGUGCUCAGCUGGAAACCUACAAGAGACAGGUCCAGGAGCUGCACAAAAAGUUGUCUGAGGAGACAAGGAGAGCAGAUAAUCUUGCCUUUGAGAUGAAGAAGCUGGAAGAAAAACAUGAGACAGUGAUGAAGGAGAAAGAGAGGAUCAUCGUCGAGAGAGACUCCCUGAAGGAGAUCAACGAGGAGCUUCGAUGCACUCAGGUUCAACAGCACCAGCUCUCCAAAGCAGAAAUGCUUCCUGCCAGCAGCCCCAGCCAUGAAAACCUGGCAGCUGAGUUAAUGCCAGUAGAGUACAGAGAAAAGUUCAUGCGUCUGCAGCACGAGAACAAGAUGUUACGUGUGCAGCAGGAGGAGUAUGAGCGGGAGAAGAUCGCUGCCCUGCAGGCCGACCUGGAGGAGGCUCAUAAGAGCCGCAGCAAGCUCGACACAGAGAACAGGCUGAGUCGAGAGCGGAUCACUGAGUUGCAGCAGCAGGUGGAAGAUCUUCAGAAAGCGCUGCAGAGUCAGGCAGCGAAACCUGACGAUUCUAACUUGAAGCGGAAACUCGAUGCACACAUGGUGCAGCUGAACGAGGCUCAAGAUGAAAUCAUGAAGAAGAAAGAGCUGCUGGAGGACCUUCAGCCUGACAACACACAGACCUCGCUAAAACUGGAUGAGCUGAUGGCGGCUCUGAAGAAAAAAGACGACGACAUGCGAGCGAUGGAGGAGAGAUACAAGAUGUACCUGGAGAAAGCUCGAAACGUGAUCCGGGCGCUGGAUCCAAAGUUGAACCCAGCCACAGCAGAGAUCCAGGCUCUGAAGAACCAGUUAGCAGAUAGAGACAAACAGAUUCUGAAUCUGGAGCGUCAGUGUGAGCAGGCUCGACUGAGAGAAUACGAGGAGAAGCUGAUCGUCACAGCGUGGUACAACAAGAGUCUGAACUUUCAGAAGUUGGCGAUUGAAUCUCGUCUUGGCGGCUGCUCGGCGUCUGCGAUGACACCCGGACCGUCUUUCUUGUCUCAGCAGCGGCAGGUCUCUAACGCCCCCCGCAGGGCGCUCUCCAUCAGCGUGCCCACCUCCAAGUAACCCCCUACCCUAUUAAAGUGAGCACUCAAGUGACCUUAAAGACUCCUGCUCUCAGCCAUGAGGGGGCGCUCUCUGGCACUUCAGGCUAAGUCAGAAACGUAAAUGAAUGUAGAAUAAUUCUAUUCAGAAUCGGAGCCUGUAAUAUUUAAAAAUGUGAUUUUUAAACCAUUAUAUAAGAUGUAAACUAAGAUGAUUGUUGAUGUGAAGAACCGGACCUUUAUUCUAUGCAGGGUUAAAAAUGUGAGGUUUAUAAUCGGCAGACGAUGAAUCGAGCUGCAGAUUUGAUUCAAAUAGAUUUUUAUAUUUGGUGCUGGACACCGGCAGCUUUAAAACACAAACAUCAGUCACAGAUUUUUAUUGAAAAAGCUGUGAAAGUCCUGAAUAAGCUCAAGAUAUCCGCAUUUCAACAGAUAUGACCAUUAACAAGGGUUAACUAAUUUUAUACUUCAAUGAGACAGAAGUAAGAGUAAAGAGACAUUGCUGCCUUUUGGAUACCACAUCUGAGUGGACAUUUGUGCUAAGUUUAAUAAAUUCCUUAAUGAUAUUGCAUCCAGGGAUAAAUAAGAGGCUAAAUGACCUUUGACCUCCAUAAUCCAGCCUGCUCAUCCUUGAUUCAGAGAGAUAUUGAGUUAAUAAGAACAGCCUGGAUAACCUUAAAAGAAAACACCUCCAGCCCUGACUACUGUUGGAAGGAGAAGCAUUAAAAAAUAGCAAGUGAGCACUUUGACUCCUCCUGACAUUGCUGAUGUUUUUGUGCAGCUUGGACCGCGUACAGGUGCUCAUUGGCUAUUUUUGAUGGAUUCCUCCACCCCAACAAAUGUCUUUUGAAAUAGAUGUAGUUUUUUAAGGCGUUGGUACCUUUUUAUAUUAUCGAGCGUUAAAAUAACAGAUUGUUUAGUUUAAAAUCAUGUCAUGUAGAAAUGUAUUAAAAAUUCUAACAACCUUAAUCCACAAAAAGCAACAAUAGUUCCUUAUUGACUGUAUUUAUUUGAUUAAAUUCGACUGCAGCUUUUUGUAUAGUCUGAUUAAUGUAAACAGGAUCAGCACCAGCUUCUGAACCAGUUUGUUCAUGUUGUAACUUUGAAGCUUAAACUCUAGUUUUGUCUUUCUGAUGUGUUUUAACUACGACUGGAGUCCAAAGUUUCACCGACUAUGAUAGAACAGCCGACGUUUGUUUUCUGUCGAUGAUUCUCGUAGAUGAAAAUGCUUUUGUGUGAAAAUAAGAAGUUUGAAUGUAGCAGAAACUGAGUGAGCUUGUGUUUGGAUAUAAAUUAAAUAAACAAAUGAAGAUGCUUUUUAGAAUUUAAAAAGAUAAAAAAAAAUGUAACUU